AUGGCGCGCAAGUUCCCAGGUUUAAAUGUCAAAUUGGAAAAGAGCAAUUCCGAACCGAACGUUUUUGAUGGUAGUCCAUCAAAAUUAAACAACUGUAAUUCAUCGAAAUCUAAUUCAAAUCAGGUAUCCCCCUCUGUGAAUACUGCUCCCUUUGAAGACUCUUUAGCGGGAGUUUCAAGUGCGAAUAAUGCGGAGAGCUUGUUCCUGUCGUUUCAGGAAGGUGAUUUGUUUCAGGUUCUUAGCAAAGAAGAACAUAAAAACUGGUGGGCAGUACGAUCUAUAAAGCAAAACACGGUUGGAUUUGUACCAGCAAAUUACAUGCAGUUGCCUGAAAUCAUCCGACGUGUUGGCUGGGCGCUGUUCCCCUCUCCGCCUGCUGGGAACGGAGCCUUCACCCACGCCGCUUCCUUGUUCUGAGCGAGUCGCGUUUGCUCUGGAACGCCUCUUUCAAUAAGAAAGUGUUUUGGAAAGGAACUCCCAGAAUGCAAAUUGAGGUUGUUUGUUGUUGUGCUGACCUCUGCCGUCGGUGAGGGCAUUUGAACGCGCUCGGUUUCCUGUCUGUGUAUCGGAACUCUGCUUAAAUAUUUGGAAAUUGAACAGUAUAAAUUCAAAACUUGUUGUAGUUG